AUGCCACACAACGAAACAAACGAAAAGUUUGCAGGCACAUAUCGUAAGCUCUUUGACACCAUCGAGCGAGGCUUUGAGCAAUGCUCUACGGAUCGACUUCAAACCUUGUUGGAGGAAAAGAAGGAACAACUUAAAUUGGGACUGGAUGCUUUCACUGAGCCUUCAUCUCAAGCUCGCUCAAAGAUCAAUAGCGGUACCAGUGUCACUGUAGAUGGAAAGACAAUCAAAUUGGAGCAAGAUGAAAAGAACCUUGUGCUGAGAUUAUCCGACCUUAUCAAAUUGAAUGAAUUGCAAGCAGCAUUGAUAUGGGAUACCUUUAGACAAAGCAACAAGUACAGCAAGUACACAUCGGACAAAAGCGAGCGAAACAACAAGACAUCCUUGAGCGAAGAUGUGCAGUUAUUGAUGAACAUUGUCCAAUUUUACUUUGAGGAUCGUUUGUCACUGUUGCAAUGUAUCAGCUCACUCAAGCGAAUCUCCAUGGACGCACACCAUCCUUAUGCAAGCAUCGCCAGUGACACCAUUAGCAAAUUCCACUCACAAGAUAACAGCACAGCUUACUUGCAACAGCUCUUUUCACAAUACAGUAGAUUGGUCCGCAGCAGCGUACCUCGCCAACACGACUUUUUCAACAAUUGGCCACCGGUCUGGGCCAAGCAAACAUUGAAGGAGCAAAAGGCCCUGUUGGAAAUCAUCUUUCUCUACACAUUGACAGACACCAUCUCACCUCCAUUUAUCUUGAGUAUGAUGCAAGAGUUUGAAGCCGACUGUUUUGGAUGCGAUCAAGCUUUCAGCUACGUUUUGGAUAAAGAGGGUGUUAAAUUGCGUGAUAGAGUGGCCCACAUUUGUAUGGUAUUGUCUGUCAGUGUCAUUGUGCCUCCUUCACUCAAAGUGGGUGCCAAGUUGGAUGCUGCUAGUGCAAACAAAUCCUUGUUGGAUUCACCUGACUUUAUCGCCAAAAUCAACCAAAUUGCUUGUUAUAUGGGUGAUCGAUCCGAGCAUGCCGUCUUUUUGCUGGCCUGGUCCUUUUUCCUCACUUGCACAGACGCUAUCAUUAAUGACGAAGAGGCACCAACAGCUCCAGCCAACUACAAUGACAUUCUGUGCCCUAUUCUGAAUGGAACACAGACCAUCUCACCCUCCGUACUGAUUGACAAAACUCUGAUCAACCCAGCAUCGGCAUCUUCCAACAACAGUAGAACGAUUUGCAUUGAACAACGCCCCAACAUGGAUCGUAUUUACUUGGGCCGCUCACUCAAAUUGAAUGUAUUUUCUGCAGUAACCGAUAUCUUGGAGAGCGAAAUUUGCAGUGAAGAGGAUGUCAACAACCUUGGCUACCGAUCUGUAUUGAGCCAUCUGUAUGCAUCCUUCUUGUCAGUCACUCGUCCUCAAUUUAUACCAAUGGAGAGUUAUGCCAGUUUGAUCAAGAGUUAUUGCUUGAUUUACAAGCAUCAGCCAGAGCUUUGUGAGGCGUUUUGGAAGGAUUUCAAUGCAGAGGAUGGCGCUUCAUUACUGGCCACAGCACGCCGUCGAUUCCCCGUCUUCUUUACAGACUUUGUACAGUUACUAUCCGCCUUGACAGGUGCAUCAUCUGAGCAAGAUAGCAGCAACAGCAGCGAUAUAUCUGCUACCCGUGUCUUUGAAUAUCUUUGCAACAUUCCCGGCAUCACCGUGGUUAUUUCACCCGAGGUAGACAUGACAGUGGUGAACGAGAACAAUGAGGUGGUUGUGCAUGCUGAUCAGACAAUUCAAGUGACAGAAGCCUUUGAUUCCAUCACCAGCAUUGUGGUGCCCGAGAAGAGCCGAGGAUUACUGUUGAGCAAAGCAGAUGAUUACGUGGUACACUAUCCCUCGCUGCACUACUCUGGCUGGCAUCUGUUGGUAUCUGCAUUGACAGGCUUCGUGACACAACUCCCAGCAACAUCAACACAGAUAGUGGAUGCCGAUCAGUUUGUGCGAGGAGAGAACCAAGAAGGCAUUGCCAGCAUCCUUGAUUUAAUGUACAGUGUCUUGUCCAGCAAUCCUUCCUUGGUGACUGAACUCGUGCAGCAUGUGGAAUCUGUUGCUGGCUCCGUCAGCAAAACAUCAACGACUCCUAUCCUUAUUUCAGUGCUUUGCAGCAUUCUCAGCACCAGCAGUGCGUUCCAUCCUCGCCCUAUUCCCAUCUUAACAUUGGCUGUCAAGUGCAUGACGCUCCUGUUACCCUACUACCGUGAAGACAUUUGGGCUUACCUCAAAUACGCACCCAUUUUACCUACAACCAAUACCAGCUUCCAUACAGGCCUUGCUUCCUAUUCAUCCAAGUUGGCUUCCUCUGCUCAAAUUCAAGAAAUUGUGUCUGAACGAGAAUGUGCAGAUGGACGAUACACACUCUUGUUAGCUUUCUUGGAUCUGGUGCAAGCAUUAGCUCAGGACAUGCAACGCAGUUGGUGGAUCAAUAACAGUGCACAACGUCAAUAUCAGGUGGAGGUCUUGUACACAUGUUUGCACUAUCUGAUGGCAGAUGUAUUUCCUACUUACUCGGCUUGGCGCUACAAGAAGGUCUCUGAACGCUAUCUUAUCGGCGUCAAGGUACUGAGCAUCUUUAUCGAUAUUGUGAGCAAUUUCAAGGAGCCUGCCAGUACUGCAACCAAUGCCAAACUGUCAUUGAAUGGUCUUCGCGAAGGCAUCCUCAACAACUUUUUAUACAGCGGUGUGGCGUGCCAUAUCAGCCCCUUGGUGGACGUCAUUUGCGAAGGUGCUCGUACUGCAAGCUCAUACUACGGUCUGGGCCAUCUUAAAGAAGCGGAACGUGCCGAAAAGUUGACUGAAAUGACCUUUGUGUUUGUCAAGAUCUUACUGCAAUACCGUCUAGAACAAAUUGAACAGGGCACUGCUUUGUCCGAUACAUCGUUGGAGCGCUUGUUACUGGAACGCACACCCAACAGCACUUCGUCUGACUUCUUGCUGCGUAUUGCCAAGCACAUCAAGUACCGUCAUAACAUCAGCCUGCCUAUUCAAGCUACAGAUGUCUUGACUUUGCUAUGUCGUACGACUGCUGCGUGGAAAACGGCCCCCAAUUUCAAUCAGUAUCUCGGGAGCACGGCACAAGUGCAUGUCAUUAUUCGACUCUAUCUGGAUAUCGCCAAAGAUCAGUUCCAAAACGAAGCCCUACUCACGUCUAUCUGGCAAUUGUUGACCGUGCUGAUGGAAACACAACCUAGCUUGGCUAUUCUCUUUUUGGAUUGUGGUGAUUUGAUUAUGCCCAGUCCUAAAUCUGCUGUACGUACAUUACCUGGUCUUCGUGGCCCAUCUCAGCCUACUACUGCCGCUACUGCCGCUACUGCUGCUGUUAGUGCCACAGAUUCUGCUAUUCGUGCUGCUACAGAUAUUCUUGGCUACUGGGAUACCCUGUCUGUGGAGAAACCUGCUGUUUGUUCUAAUGUGCUGCAUUUCUUGGACACCUUUUGGCGCACUGCUCUUGAUCAUUAUGCUCUGGUAGAACGUGCUCGUGUGGACAAUGCUCUGUGGGAUGGUCUUGGCAAAGUCUUGUUAAAUCCCGCCACAGAUAUUGAUGCUACUGCCCAAAGCGACAUUCAAUCGUUGGACUUGUUGGAUACUACUAGCAACGACACGCGUCAUGAUACCCAUGUGCGCCGUUUGUGUUGUCUCAAUUUGAGCAAGGCUUUUGUCAUGCGUAUUAUUGCCUGUGAAAUUCAUCUGACAGCUGGCAACACGCGCAACCUCACUACUACUAUUGCUGACAAGCUUCCUAUUGGACUCAAGAACCUGCUGAGCAAGGUGGGCGAAUCAAGCAAGCUCAUUGCCAUGCGUGAUAGCUUUGUCAAGAACGACUUUGAUCCUUCCAUUGUACGUGAAGCAGAAACAUCUGCUACUGUCUUGCUUCAAACCAUUGGUGUGCCAUCCAAAGAUGCCCUGCUGUUCAAGAUUCCUCGUUUCGGUUCCGGUGAUGAUGGUGCUGCUGGAGAAGCCCAUCAGUAUGGUGAUAACUUUUUGUACGAUUAUCGUAUGGCCAGCAACCGAGUUCAUACAUUGCACAAGGAUAUCGUGGCUAAAUAUGGCCAUCAGCUGGGUCAAGACAACUUGAUCAUCACUAGUGAUAUUCAAGCCGUGUUGGAUCUCAAGCAAUACGCAAAUCAUUUCCUUCGAAGCCUCUUAUUGACCAACUACAAUAGCUCCAUCGUCGAUUCUCAAAUCGUCCUAUUGCGUGCUUUCAAGACCUUCAUGGAGACCUGCUCGCGUCGCGCUUCUGAUCUCAUGUGGGCCAACAAGACAGGUGGUGCCUCUGGGUCAGACUCAUUAUAUCACUUCUUGAAGGGCCUUGUAACGAAUGCUGAAGGGGAAACACGUGAUGAUGGUGUGGCAUUGACAUCGUACAGCGUCUUGGUUCAAUUCAUCCGUAGUCUGACAGAAGACUGGAUCAGCAAGAACAGUGCUGUGGUGACAGGAACCGAUGUGGCUGCUCAAAAGACGUACGCUUCCAAGACAUUUGAUAUACUUGCUGGUCUCUGCGGCUUACUGAACCGUGAAAACUAUGCUCUCUUCAAGAGUAUCCAUGAUGACACUGCCAUCCGUUUCCAUCGACCCUUGUUGGAGGCCGUGAUGCUCAUUGUCCGCACAUUGGGUGGUACCAUCAUUCACUUCACUCCUCUCUCUUCUGAGCGCAUGCAGUUCCAAGACUGCUACACGUCUCUGUUGAGUGUCAUUUGCUCCAGUUUCAGUGUGUUGACCACCAAGGCCAUUACUUACAGCGCGGAUGAAUCGUUAGUAAGCCCAGAUUUGGUUGAAAACUGUAUCAAGGAUGUCACGGUGGUGAUUGCUCAGCUGCAAGAAUUGAUUCAUCCCAAGUAUGGCGUGUCUCCAGAUAUCUGGCUUGACGCCUUUGAAAAGUUCCAGACGAUGCCUUCCUUGUUAUCCCUCUUGUUUGCAGGUAUUAGAGUUGUUGUAGGCGAAGUGGAUCGUCAAACUGCAAACCUCAAUGGCGCCAUUGCCAACAUCAGCAUUACGCCUUACGCAGAAUCAGCCUUGUAUCUUUUACUUGGCUUGUCCAAUAUACCAACUGCAGCAGAGAAGCUCGUCAAGCACAAUAUCUAUGACCUCUUGACCAACAACACUCUGUCACCACGUCUGCAGCAAGGUGCACUCAAUAUAUUCAUCCGCUUUGGCCAGGGCAACAAGAACGGACCCAACUAUGUGGAGCGUAACCCUCUUCACGCUAUCUGGUGUCAGAUAUUGGGUGUCAUGAACAACUUGAUGUGUCAUGUGGGCAGCGAUGAAUUGGUGCUUCAGUAUACGGUCAAUUUGUUGCAAAUGUAUGGCCCUCAAAUCGGCACAGCUUUCAACAAUGCGAAUGGCGCCAAUGAUACUAUCUUUGGCAUGAACGCGUCUGAAUCGUUCUCUACACCCUUGCUGGAAGAAAUUGACCGCAUCAACAUGCUCUUCUUUAGAUUAUCCUAUUACUUGGACAGACUGGAAAGCGUGGCCAACAACUUGUUUGUGUCUUACAAGGACUGUACCUUGUUCUUGCUUCAGCGUUAUCUCUAUUUUUAUACUCACCCUGCUUACAUGCAGACUCAACUGUAUCCAAUGGACAAUGCAGAGCGUCAACAGGCAGUUACAUUUGUCACAGCGAAAUCAUCCACACCAUCGAGUAAUAGCGAGAACGGAGGUCCCACCAUUACAAAGACACAGCAACAAACCUCUCAAUUGAUGCAAAAGACUGUGGAACUCACCUUGACCAUCACCCAUCACAUGCUCACCACAUUAAUCAAUUUGGCCAAUACCGAUAUCAUCUUGACUCAGCCUGAUACAGAAUGGCCAUUUGGCAAUGCUAUCAUCUAUCCCGACAUGCGAGUGAUUGUCAGUGAAUUAUCCUCCUUUGGCACCUUGACCCAGUUGAUGAACGUGUGUCUUCACAUGCUGAGUCAAUGGCAAGACAUACCACAAGCUCCCCACAAGCAACUCUUGAACGUACUUGAAGAUGCUGCCCUCCUGGUGUCAACACAAAGUAUGCUCUGGAUUGCUAAACCUGAUAUCACGGACGAGACUCGAGCUGAAAUUGCACAAGAGACUGUCUUGAAUAUUGCUGAAACUUUGAACAAGACAACAAGCGCAUUAACAAAAUUAGAGUCAACUAUCAAGAAUCAGAAAAUCAAGGAGAAGCUCAAGACAAUUCAUUAUUUGCAGCAAGUGCUGGGUAGACGUUUCUUUACAGAGUAA